UGUCCAUAUGGUUUAUGUGGUCUCCAGCCUUUCACUGAUAUUCUGGGCACCAAGCACACAUGGUGUUAUAUUGUAAAUGAGUGCAUAUCAGAAGAUUUUAUUCAGUGAUGUGUAAUUAUUAAGGCCAAACAGGCCACAAUUGAACUUUAGUAAGAAAGUUUGAUCUUAAAUUUUAAAUGACUCAAAUUUCAUACUAAAAGAUUUGAUUGGUCAAGCUUGUUGUGGCUGCACAUAUCUUGAGGUACAGCUGGGCAGCACAAUGUAUUCUAGAGCUUAUCUCAUUACAGAGGAAAGAAUGAGUUGCAGUGUUGUUCUCGGAUGACAAGCUUUUUCCCUGCCUCAUUGCUCCUGCAGGAGACUGCCUGACAGGUAAGACUGAGGGACAAAAUCGCAUAAAGUAGAAUUAUCUGAUCAAAGGUAAGCGCCACCCCAGCAGUGUGUGAUGAUUGGCCAUAAAUGUAGCCUGUUAUUCUGAACAUCCAAUAAAAAAGUUUGUAGCAGAAAAUCACGUUGCUCUUGUGUACCAAAGGUCAGAGGUUGCGUUUCAGUCCUCACAUGGACAUUUCAGCAUUUGUUUUAUUUGAAUACUCAGCUUUGCAGGCAAGACACAAACAAAAUGUCAUCUACAAUGAUACAAACAGUUUCAGAGCUCUCAGUGCCCAUCGCAUGGGGAGAAAUCAGAGGUAAAGUGUGGGGUCCUGAUCACGGUCAUCCUGUGUUGUGCCUGCACGGCUGGGCUGACAACUGUGGUACAUUCAACACCCUCAUUCCCCUUCUACCCAAAGAGUGCAGAUACGUGAUGGUGGAUCUGGCUGGUCACGGCUUGUCCUCCCAUCGUCCUCCUGGAGUUUUCUACUCUUUUUUUGCAUAUGUGGCAGAUGUACGCAGAGUGGUUGACGGUCUCCAAUGGACAAAAUUCUCCAUCAUAGGCCACAGUAUGGGUGGUAACAUCGCUGCAAUGUUCAGUGCACUGUAUCCUGAGAUGGUGGAUGCCAUCAUACUUCUGGACACUUUUGGAUUUUUACCCACAGAUCCAAAAGAAAUAUCCAAAGUGAUGAGGCAGGGGAUGGAUGAGAUGCUUCAGUAUGAGAAAAAGAUGGAAGAGAAGAAGAGAGUUUACACUUAUGAGAAGGCGGUUGAGAGGCUGUUGGCUGCAAACCCGACUCUGUCUGAACAGUCUGUGCACAUCCUAUUAGAGAGAGGUCUAGUUCAAGUUGACGGAGGAUUUGUGUUCUCCAGAGACCUGCGACUUAACUUUAAAAACAUAGUGCGCAUCAGUUUGGAGCAGAGUCUGGAGAUGCAGUCGAGGAUUCAAGCUUCUGUUCUAGUUGUUCUAGCGGACAAAGGCUUUGGUGCAACAUUUCCAGACUCACGCCGUCAGGAAUUGUCCUCCACACUUCUCCAAGCCUAUCGUGACAGAAAUCACACGGUGGUGACCGUGCCAGGUGAUCAUCACGUCCAUCUGAAUCAUCCUGAAGUCAUUGCUCCUCUGGUUUCUAACUUCCUGCAGACCAAAGUGAUCUAAAACAGGCACACAAGUCAUAACACACACACACAGUCAUGUUUCCAUCAGUUUUGGGGACAUUACAUUAAUUUCCUGGAGGCUAAACCACUGCCUGACCAUAACAAUAAAAUAUUACUUGCCUAAUCCUAAUCCUUACCUGAACUUAACCCUAACUUUUACCCUAAUAUUUAAUGAUUUACGUUUUGUGAGCAUAAGUAAGGCAGGUCCUCACAAAGUGACUGUGUAAACAGAUUUGUGUCCCCACAACUACAGGACACAUACACACACACACACAUUUU